AUGGGCACCGAGAUGGAGAUCGAAAGCACGAUUUCCAGGGUCAGCACGGCUGGUGUCGUCCACAUUCACCUCAAGACAUAUCUUAUCCUCCUUUCCAUAAAUUUCGCUUAUUUCGCGCAACUCGUGGCUUUGGUCGGAUCUGGUCUUCUUGCAAACUCAAUCCAGGCGUUGUUUGGCGGUGACAAUGCCAGUAGCUGGUUCAGCCAGGCAAUCGCCAUUUUCACGGUCGUUCUCAGUCCCAUGGUCUCUCAAUUGAGCGAUGUAUUUGGACGCAAAUGGCCUCUGGUCUUCGGAUUGUUGUGCGGCUUUGCAGGCUCAGUAGUGGUGUCUCGCGCCCAAUCGAUAGGAACUGUGAUUGCAGGUUUCUGUGUGAUCGGCAUAUGCUACGGAGCGCAGCCCCUGCUGCAUGCUGUUGCCUCCGAGGUUGUUCCCAGAAAGCAUAGACCUCAGGCUCAAGCUGCUAUCAACAUCACAGCUGGCUUUGGAGCUUUCGGCGCCAUCUGCCUGGGUGGUGCCUUGUUACGGCACAACAACUUAUCGAAUUAUCGCAUUUAUUUCUAUGUUGCUGCAGGUAUCUUCCUCAUUGCCGCCCUGGGAAUAGCUUUCCUGUUCAACCCUUUACCACGAGAGGAGGAGAUCACAAUGACAACAAGUGAAAAGCUGCGCCAACUCGACUGGGUGGGCUAUGUACUUUUCAUCCCUGGUAUAGUGCUAUUCUCCGUGGCAUUGUCAUGGUCACGCAAUCCAUACCCGUGGUCAGAUCCCCGCAUCAUUGCAACUUUCGUCGUCGGAGUUGUCGCCCUGAUUGCUUUUGGUGUAUACGAAUGGCGAUUCAAGAAAGAUGGAAUUCUCAACCACGAUCUGUUUCGCGAUCGAAACUUCUUAUGGGCACUCAUAUUGAUCUUCGUUGAAGGCCUUGUCUUCUGGACUGCAAACAGCUACUUUGCCUUCGAAGUCAGCACGUUCACGCAACAGGAUCUGCUAAUUGCUGGUCUGCAUUUUGGUAUGGCUUUUCUCAGCGGCAUGCUGUUCUCUUUCUUGUCAAGUAUCUAUUCUUCCAAGAGGAAAGCCCUCAAGAUGCCCCUCGCCCUAGGCUUCGGAUUUCUCCUCCUCUUCAAUGUCUGUCUUGCAGCAACCGCAGGAUUUAAUCCAGGCAAUGGUUUCUGGGCCUUUGGUAUCAUUCUAGGAAUGGGGUUGGGCAUAAUUCUGCCCCUGACCAUGGUCGUGGCGCAGCUGUGCACGCCUCCUGCCUUGAUCUCCAGUGCAUCCGCGCUGAUCAUCGCCGUCCGUUCUUUGGGAGGCACCGUUGGCCUAGCCAUCAAUGUCGCCAUUUUCAACAGUGCUCUUGCAACAGAGAUCCCUUCAAAAAUUGCAGCGGCUGCUCUGCCCUUGGGUCUCCCCCCCACCUCACUAGGAAUGUUCAUCGGAGGCCUGACAACUCACAACGAGACUAUUCUCUCCCACGUCCCCGGAGUUACUCCUCAAAUAAUCGGUGCUGGUGCUAAUGCCCUGGUGCGCGCCUUCGGCGUCGGAUUUCGAAACUGUUGGAUCGCUGCCUCCUGUUUCGGUGUCAUUUCUGUUAUCGUGGCCUUUCUCAUCCGUGACCCAGAAAGCGAAUUCACCGCACACAUCGAUGCCCCUGCCGAAUUGGAAGUGGCUGAGAAGCAGGCAAGACUCGAAGGUCUCUAUGAUAAGACUGCACACGAGCCAAAAGCAACGGCUAAGGAGAUCGAGGCUUGA